UGUUACACUGAAGUGUGCAGUGGAAGGCAAGCCAACACCAACAGUGAAAUGGUUUAAAAACGGUUUUCCUAUUGACACAAAUGAUUCAAAAAUGACAUCAAYCAUUGCUGGGUCGUAUGAGCGUUUAGACGYGCAGCUCUUGAUUGUMAAUGUCAGCCGGUUGGACGAGGGUGUGUAUACAUGCCACGCAUCUAAUGGUAUUGGAAMAAAUGUAACUUCUCCUAAUGCGAAUUUGACUGUGCACUAUCCUCCAAAAUUGUUUGCAUCACCGCAGAAUGUUACAGAGAUURAAYAUCAAUCGGUGWCUUUUAAUUGCACAUUCCAGGGGAAKCCAAUACAAAUAACAUGGUGGUACAACGAUGUGAAGAUCAACACAAGUGAUAGCACMAAGUACAGUGUUAUUGGCCCUUCCUCAGUAAGCAGUAUCGAGGCAUUUUUAACGAYAAAUAGCUUAGUGAGAGGUGACGAGGGGACAUACCGUUGUAAAGCUGAGAAUAGCCUGGGAACCGAUUACUCACAACCAGCAUACUUGACUGUUUAUUAUCCACCAAAGAUUCUCACCUCUCCAUCUGGARUYACUAAAACAGAGGAAGAAAAUGUUACUCUCKCCUGUCGGUUCGAGGGCAAACCUAUACCUAGGRUGGUGGAAUGGUUUGCAAAUGGACAGAAACUUGCCAUCAACUCCAACACAAGGCUGACAGUCAGUCAUUUAGGAGAUUCUAGUAGUACCACAUCUUGGCUUAGCAUCACCAAUCUGAACAGAACAGAUGAGGGCAACUAYAUAUGUGUUAUCAGUAACAGWGUCAAAUCAAAUGUUACUUCWACUGCAGCAAAGUUAACAGUCCAUUAUCCACCUUUCGUUCGAUUUUCUCCGCUCCACACAACCAUAAACGAAUCAAGCACUGUUACACUGAAGUGUGAAGUUGAAGGCAAGCCWCAGCCAACUAUAAAAUGGUUUAAAAACGGUUUUCCUAUUGACKCAAAAGAUUCAAGAAUAACGUCUACCAUUGCUGGGUCGCAUGAACRUUUAGACGUAAUGCUCAAGAUUCAAAAUGUCCAUCGGUUUGACGAGGGAGUGUACACAUGUUACGCAUCUAAUAGUAUUGGAGAAAAUGUAUCAUCCACUGGAGCGAAUUUGACUGUACACUAUCCUCCAAAUAUAUCUGCAUCACCACAGAAUAUUACAGAGAUUGAACGUCAACCUGUGACUUUYAAUUGUACGGUGCAAGGCAAUCCUAUAUCACAGAUAAYAUGGUGGUACAACAAUUUAAAGAUCAACACAAGYGAWAGCGCCAAGUACMGUGUCAGUGGCCCUUCUUUAGCAAGCAGUAGCGAGGAAUCUUUGACAAUAAACAGCUUGCUGAGAGGUGACGAGGGGCCUUACCGUUGUAAAGCUAAGAAUACCCUAGGAACCGAGUAUUCUCAACCUGCAUACUUGACUGUUUAUUAUCCACCAAAGAUUCUCACCUCUCCAUCUGGAGUCACUAAAACAGAGGGAGAAAAUGUUACUCUCUCCUGCCGGUUUGAGGGCAAACCUAUACCUAGGAUGGUGGAAUGGUUUGCAAAUGGACAGAAACUUAACAUCAAUUCCAACUCAAGGCUGACAGUCAGUCAAUUUGGAGAUGCUACUAAUUCUACAUCUUCACUUACCAUCAACAAUCUGAAAAGAACAGAUGAGGGCAACUAUAUAUGUGUCAUCAGCAACAUUGUCAAAACACAUGUUACUUCCUCUGUAGCAAAUCUAACAGUCCAUUAUACACCUUCCGUUCGAGUUUUUCCACUCCAAACCACCACAAACGAAUCAAGCUCUGUUGCUCUGAAGUGUGAAGUGGAAGGCAAGCCACAGCCAACUGUAAAAUGGUUUAAAAACGGUUUUCCUGUUCACACAAAUGAUUCGAGAAUAACGUCCACCAUUGCUGGGUCGUAUGAACGUUUAAACGUAUCACUCAUGAUUCUAAAUGUCAGCCGGUUUGACGAGGGCGUGUACAGAUGUCAAGCAUAUAAUGGUAUUGGAGAAAAUGUAUUUUCCACUGGGGCCAAUCUAACUGUACAUUAUCCUCCAAAAAUAUCUGCAUCACCACAGAAUGUUACAGAGAUUGAACAUCAAUCUGUAACUUUUUACUGCACUGUCCAAGGGAAGCCAAUACAGAUAACAUGGUGGUACAGCGAUGUAAACUGGAUCAACACAAGUGAUAGCGACAAGUACAGUGUUAGUUGGCCUUCUUCCGAAAGCAGUAGCGAGGUCUCUUUGACAAUAAACAGCUUGGUGAGAGGUGACGAGGGGACGUACCGUUGUAAAGCUGAGAAUAACCUAGGCACCGAGUAUUCACAACCAGCAUACUUGACAGUUUAUUAUUCACCAAAGAUUCUCACCUCUCCAUCUGGAGUCACUAAAAGAGAGGAAGAAAAUGUUACUCUCUCCUGCCGGUUCGAGGGAAAACCUAUACCUAGGGUGGUGGAAUGGUUUACAAAUGGACAGAAACUUGCCAUCAACUCCAACUCAAGGCUAACAGUCAGUGAUUCAAGAAAUACUAGUAGUACCACAUCUUCGCUUACCAUCACCAAUCUGAACAGAACAGAUGAGGGCAACUAUAUAUGUGUCAUCAGCAACAUUGUCAAAACAAAUGUUACUUCUACUGCAGCAAAGCUAACAGUCCAUUAUCCACCUGCUAUACGAGUUUCUCCACGUAAUACAACCAAAAACGAAUCAAGAGAUGUUACACUGAAGUGUGAAGUGGAAGGCAAGCCACRACCAACUGUAAAAUGGYUUAAAAAUGGYUUCCCUUUUGAAASAAAAGAUUCAAGAAUAACGUCUWCCAUUGCUGGGUCGMAUGAACGUUUAAACGYAUCGCUCAUGAUUGAAAAAGUCAGCUGGUUKGAYGARGGCKUGUACGCAUGUCACACAUCUAAUGGUGUUGGAGAAAGUGUAUCUUCCACUGGAGCGAUUUUGACUGUACGCUACACUCCAAAGAUACUGAAUUCACCGCUGAGUGUAAGCAAGGUUGAAAAMMAUCCAGUAACGUUUGAGUGCACAUUGAAAAGCAAUCCAACACCACAGAUUACAUGGUKGUACAACAACAGUGAAAAGAUCAACACAAGUGAUACCAUAAAGUACAGUAGUGUUACUAAUUCCUUAACAACCAGGAGAAGUGUGGCAUCUUUGACGAUAAAGAGAGUGGUAUUAAGUGACGAGGGUUCUUACCGAUGUAAGGCACAGAACAGCCUUGGCAGUGUGGAAUCUCAGCCAGGAAACUUGACUGUUUAUAUUUUACCAGAAAUCAUCCACAAACCAGGUAACAUCAUAAAAGUAGAAAACAAUGCAGCAGUGUUUCACUGCAACGCUACAGGAAAACCAAAGCCUACCAUAACGUGGCGGUUUAGAGGCGGUAAACUUCCAGAAAGUACCACAGACCAAAAUAAAAUAACAAUUAAAAGUGUCCAGAAUACUCCAGCUUAUGAGGGUGUUUACACAUGUAUCGCAAGUAGUAUAGCUGGUACCGAUGAGGCCRAUGGGUCACUUGUAGUAGAUGUUCCUCCAAAGAUCAAUAAAAAGCUGCCUCCGAAAAUGCUUCUUCAGCUUGGUGAAACAUUGAGGUUAAGAUGUGAUGUCAUGGGCGAUCCAAUACCAACUUUUACAUGGAAUUUUACUAAGGCAGAAACAAAAAGAGAUGAUAUUCUAGAUGAUCAGAAAAGCUCACUGUUAACGAUUAAAGACAUWGAUGUCAAGAAGCACGCUGGUACUUACAGCUGUACUGCCAAGAACAGAGCAGGAAUUGUACAUGUCGAAUCRACUUAUGUUGAUGUUAACGACACACUGGACAUUAUUCACAARGAACAGCACAACAUCAUUGCAGAUGUCAACACCACCGUUACAAUAAAUUGCASUGCAUCUAGUCGAGUUGUGCCUAUAAAAGUCASACUCACUAGAAACAAUAGAGAACUGAAAACAAAGRAGGACCCGAACAAAGACGGAACAGUCGUCACUCAAAGGUUGGUUUUGAAACACGUGACUACGGGGGAUUCUGGGAAGUAUCUAUGUGAAGCAAGUAACCGYCAAAAGUCUGUGAAGAGUGUAAUAACGCUUGCUGUUAAUGUGCCAGUUGAAGUCAAGAUGGAUGCAGUUCUAGAUGACAAAAAUUUCACAAAAGAGCUCGAAAACAAGAGCUCCACCCUGUACAAAAACUUAUCUAGAGAGUUUGAAAUGGAGCUUACAAAGAUUUAUGAAAAUGAAACAGAAUUUGAAAGAAUUGAAGUAUUAGGAUUCAGUAAAGGUAGUGUCGCCGUUCAUUUUCGUAUCAUCUACAAGGUCAAGGUCAARAGUCCAACAGCAAAACCACCAUCAGACGUUAAAAAGAUCCAAAUUGCUAACGUUGUCUUGCGACGAGUCGAGGAAAGUGGCAGCAUUGGAAGUAUUAAAGUAAAAAAGGAUUCUUUGAGGCCGCAAGUGAUACCUCCCGAAGUUCGAAAUCUUACGGCACUGAAGACCUCGAAAUCGCAUGUCACCAUACAGUGGUCUCCCCCUGUUUAUUCUGGUUUCUAUGGCAUCAAAUGGUUUAUCGUUGAUUUGAGAGAGUUUGGCCAAGAUUCUUCAUUGGUUAAGGACACAGUUAAGUCUUUCGUCGAUACGUAUACCUGGACUGGACUGGACGCCGGGACUAACUACAAGAUUACUGCAUUUGGCAAGAACCAUGUUGGUGAAGGCAUACCAAGUGUCUUGGAAAUUAGGACAUUACCAGACUUCUGGGGUACGUUUGCUAAAAUAUUCACACCAUUGGUCAUUGUGGUGAUUAUUGCCAUCGUUAUCGCAACUCUCUACUUACGAAGACGGAGGAGACUUUCCAAGAGAGAAUGUGACGAGCUAAGUAUCCAAGGAAAAACAUUUGGGGACCCUGGACUAGAACUAGCAGAACUACCAAGAAAAUGGAAAGACAUUUCCAGGAAAAACCUUUUUCUUGGAAAAGAGCUGGGUUCUGGUGCGUUCGGUGUGGUGUUUAAAGGUGUCUUGUCUACUGAAAAGUCUGAAGAAGAAGGGAUAUAUUGUGCUGUGAAAAUGUUAAAAGAUGGGGCAUCUGAAGAAGAUUACAGAGAUCUCUAUAAUGAGCUCUUGAUCAUGUCAUCAGUCGAAGAGCACAAAAACAUUGUUAACUUGUUAGGAGCAUGUACUGAAAGCGGGGGUCCAUUGUACGUUGUUGUGGAGUUCGCUGAGAAUGGUUGUCUAUUGGAUUAUCUGCGCAAAAACAGAUCCGAAGAUUCACCAGAUCAAGCUUCAACACUCUCCAACAGCGAAAAGUUGACUUUUGCUUCAGAAAUCGCAAGUGGUAUGGACCAUCUGAGUCGACAGAAGUGCGUCCACCGCGACCUUGCAGCAAGAAACGUUCUCCUUGGAAAAGACAUGGUUGCCAAGAUAGCUGAUUUUGGUCUCGCCAGAGAUGUAUAUGAAAGGGGAUUUUAUGAGAAGUCUGUAGCAGGGGGUAAGCUGCCAGCGAAGUGGAUGUCCAUUGAGGCUUUGGAAACUAUGAUUGCAACGACAGAAAGCGAUGUGUAA